AUGCCAUUAUUCGAUAAAGCUAAGAUUUCAAAAGAAGAAUUCUAUGCCUACGCCUAUGUACGCAAUUUUCAAGAAACGCAACAAGAUGAAGUUGAAGAUAGCCUGUUAUACUCUCCAAACGGGAAAGUCCAACAAAAUAAUCUACUACCAAUCGAAAAUUUGAUAGAAGGUGUAGCAGAUAACACGAAAAGGGAGCGUCUUGGGAAGAACCUCCUCGAUUCCUUUGCUUUAAUCUUCGAACAACCAGGUUCCCAAGGGGCCGUCGCGGUAGCAAUGGAGUGGUGUGAACAACUAAAUAUCUACACCCUCCAUAUAUCGAAAAAUUAUCCCUCUGGCAGAAUACCUGAUCACCUUAUCGUAGAUAUUCAAAAGUGGUUUAAGGAUAACAUCGAGUGCGCCGUCAAUAAUUCCUGCCUUAGCCGCGAGAGCAAAUUGUGGAAGGAUCUACUUGGAAACUGUUGUGCGAAGAUCUCAAAAUAUAUUGUUGAAGCGUGUAAUGGGGACAAUAGCAGUGAAAAGAUAUUUAAUUUGUCGCGUGUUUCGUCUUCAGUUGAAUACCUAGUUCUCAGUCCUCAAAAUGUUGGGCUAGUAGAGGCUCGAAAGGUGUUCCUGGAAAUCAUAAGUUCAUUGAAGAAGUUCUUUUACGGUCCUCACAGUAUAGAGUCAAAGAUUUCGAAGCCUGGGAGGGCUAAUGGUGGUUCCGAGCACCCUCUAAGAUACAAAGAUGUGGCGAGUAGGGAACCUAUAGACUUCCUUCACGAUAUCACGCAUGUAUGUUUCGAGUUGGUAGAGUCCCACGGAGGAGAUUUAAAUGCGCUACACGAUGAACUUCAAGCGGGCCUAAAAGAGUGGGAAGGUAGAAAAUUGCUACGAAAUAUUCAUGGGCUAAUCUACACCAUUUCAAAGUAUCUCCGCGCGUGGUAUGACAUCGUGCGCUUCAAAAUACAUAGCAGCUCAGCUAUUCUAUGCAUAAAUUUCAACCUAGGUCUAAAUAGGAAGUCAAGGGAGCUCACAUUAGACUUCAGUAAAUUUCUAGAACGAGCGAUUGAAAUAGGCAUACUUGAAAAGGAAAAGGAGGACACAUUGAGAAAGUGGUACCACAUAAAAGACCAUCCUAUCUGCGGUUCUAGCCAUUGUGAAAUGCAGAUGCUAGAGUACUUACUAACGCACAACGAUGCGAAUUUCUUCAACUAUAUCGGAUGUAGUAAAGGCCCUUGCUGGCUAUGUUACUAUAUCUUAAGUAGCAUGACUUCUCAAUUCAAAAUGGGGCAAUCCCACUUCAAGCUGUACCCUAGCUGGUUGCCUCCGGAGUUCACGAAAUGCCAUAUGCAACGGGAACAAUUAAUCGAAGUGCUGAAGUUUUUGGGAGAGAAGAUGAAGAGAUUAGUCGACCUUGGAAAAGGGAAAAAGCGUCACUCUCGAGAUGCUUUGCCUGAUUGCCCUAAUGACCAAGAAACUUUCUUGUCCCCAAGGGAAGUGUCCAUAGACCAGUUUGGUAGAAGCUGA